AUAUAUAAGCCAAAUUGGGCGAGAAAAUCACCACUUGUGGAUUUUUUUUAUGAAGAAAUAAAGUUAAGUGAAGGCUUUCUACACAGUCUACGAGUGCCAAUUAGCUAACAGUACAGUCAUUUUAUCUCGCACGACACUGAACCCAUUUAAUGAUGGAUGCCUGUGGGUAUUUAUGCUGAAGAUUACAGGAGGAACUGUGGUAUUUUCGACCACCUGACAGUGGGAUCAGUCCGUUGUGUAAUCCUACAAGCUCCAGUCCGUAUUUCCCCUCAAGCCCAUCUGGCUCGCUGGCAGGGUUUGUUUACUGGCGGAGAGGCUGGGGAGAAGAAGGGGAACCUACGGGACCUGGGAGACUGUACAAUCUACCUCUGUCUGUCUGUGGAAGAAGAGAAAGAGAAAUUAACUACAAACUCCGUCUCACCUCUCGUUUUUCUCCUCCAGAUUCUCACUCAGCUGCGGCGCCGGGCAUCUCCUCUGCAGAGCAUGAACGCAACUUGGAGCAUAUAUUGCUUUCUUUCUUUUUUUUCCUUUUUUUAAUUCUCAAAGAGAAAAAAAAAAGAAAAAGAAAAAGACACGGAGCGAGGAGUCUUUGCGGAGCUUUUUUAGAGAGUGGAGGUCUCACUGAAAUCUCUGCACCGACUGGAGAAGAGUUUAGGGAGCGAACGAGCUGCAGGAUAAUAAAAAAAAAAGAAAGAAAAACAGCAUCGAGCUAUUAUACAAGUUAAACAACCAAACUGUCCCGUUUCGGUGCUCUCUGUGGGACUUGUGUGGAUUUUUUUUUUUUUUUUUUUUUUUUUUGCGAAACACGGUAACGUUACGCCACGCAUGCCACAACCACGGAGUCAACAAAAUCCCUCUAAAUUAAGUCAAAGGUCGCUUGUUCCGAUAUUUCCAUGCAUGCACGAUUUCUCCUUUUUUAACAAGAAGGUACGUUGCGGAGGGGGACGCGUGUGCGUGGCAUUUCUUAAAGUUAAAAUCAAGUGACUGGGCUUCUGAAAUUUGCGCAAACUUCACUUGUGGCCUGGACUCGAGUGGAGGAACCAAGGCUAGGCUAGGCUAGGCUACGCUAGGCUAGGCUAGUUAGCUAGCUCAGCUCAGCUGCUGUUUGUUAGCACCGACGCGAGCUUCUGCUCGGACGGCGAAACUGUUUUUGCUCUCGCCUACCAACACGGACAAGUUCAACCGGGCAAAAUUAACAAGCCGAAGAGUUUAAAGUCUGAACGGGAGCACUCAUGCGUCGUGCUGUUUGUUAAUAGCGUGUUUUCAUGAGGUGGCGUUAGCUUGUGUUUGACUGAACACGCUGGACUUGUCCCUCCGCCCAUCUUCCGGGAUGUCUUUUAUUUAUUUUUGUUUCCCAGUCGGGCCACACCGCCAAACAAAACCAGUUUCCUGAAGGUGUCCCCCCUCCCAUUCUCUUAUUUUGAACAGUUAUCGUCGCCAAGGAAUAUUCUGAGUUUGCCCCGGAGUUGUGUUGGAUGGUGUCUUAUCCCGGUUCAGUCAUGAGGCUCCGGACUUUGUUUUUGUUUUUUGUUUUGGCCGCUAUCUGCCUUGUGAUGAGCUGUCAUCGAGCGAGCGGAGAAAUUUGCCCAAGUAAGGACAUCCGCAACAAUGUGACCAACCUGCACGCGCUCGAGAACUGCACGGUGAUCGAAGGCCACCUGAAGAUCCUACUAAUGUUCAGGACCAAGCCCGAGGAUUUCAGAGGCCUCAGUUUCCCCAAGCUGACGGUGGUCACCGACUACCUGCUGCUGUUCAGGGUUUACGGCCUGGAGACCCUCAGCGACCUGUUCCCCAACCUGACGGUCAUCAGAGGCAACAACCUGUUCUUCAACUACGCCCUGGUGAUGUUCGAGAUGCUCCAGCUGCGAGAGAUCGGCCUCCACAGCUUGAUGAACAUCACCAGGGGAGCCGUGAGGAUCGAGAAGAACCCAGAUCUCUGUUAUCUCUCCACUCUGGACUGGUCCAAGAUCCUGGACUCGGUGGAGGACAACUACAUCAUGGCCAACAAGAACGACAGAGAGUGCGGCGAUGUGUGUCCGGGGGCUGACUCCGGAAAGAGCAACUGCCAGACGACCACCAUCAACGGACACUUCGGCGAGCGCUGCUGGACCCACGACAAUUGUCAAAGAAUGUGUCCUGUUCACUGUAAACAUCGGGCCUGCUCCAAAGACGACCAGUGCUGCCAUGAGAAGUGCCUCGGCGGCUGCACUCAGCCCAACUCGGCCAGUCACUGCGUGGCCUGCCGUGGCCUCCAGCACGAGGGCAGCUGCGUGGAACGCUGCCCCAAAAACUACUUCACCUACAAGGGCUGGCGCUGCGUCUCCUACGCUUUCUGCCAGGAUCUGCACAACAGAUGCAAGAGGGAGAAGGAGCGCAGCAAGAACACGGACUGCCACGAGUACGUCAUCCACAACGGCGCCUGCCUCCACGAGUGUCCCUCCGGCUACACGACCGUCAACUCCUCCUCGCUGAACUGCACUCCCUGUGCAGGGCUCUGCCCCAAGGUGUGCCUUGGUUUGCAAACAGUGGACUCGGUCACCGCUGCCCAGGCUUUAAGAGGCUGCACCGUCCUCAACGGGAGCCUGGUCAUCAACCUGCGUGGAGGAAACAACAUCGCGGCUGAACUGGAGGCCAGCCUGGGCCAGCUGGAAGAAAUCACUGGCUACCUGACAGUGCGACGUUCCUACGCCCUUGUGUCUCUCUCGUUUUUCCGCAAGCUCCGCGUUAUUCGUGGAGAGGAACAGGAAAUUGGAAAUUACUCGUUCUAUGCCCUGGACAACCAGAACCUGCGGCAGCUCUGGGACUGGUCCAAACACAAGCUGACCAUCCUGCAGGGGCGCAUGUUUUUCCACUACAACUCCAAGCUCUGCAUGACUGAGAUCCGCAAAAUGGAGGAGGUGACGGGAACCAAGGAGCGGCAGGUCAAGAACGACAUCGCCUCCAAGACCAAUGGAGACCAAGCCUCAUGUGAGAACAGCGAGUUGAAUUUUACCCAGAUUCGAACCAUGAGCGACAAGAUAAUGAUCAAGUGGCAGCCGUUCUGGCCGUCAGACUUCAGAGAUCUGCUGGGCUUCAUGGUGCUCUACAAAGAAGCACCUUUUCAGAACGUAACCGAGUUUGAUGGGCAGGACGCCUGCGGCUCCAACAGCUGGGUGAUCGCCGACGUGGAACCUCCACAGCGAGUCACAGAGGGCGAACAGAUUGAACCGGGGCAUCUCAUCCUGCCCCUCAAACCCUGGACGCAGUACGCCAUAAUGGUGAAGACCCAGCUCUCCGCCUCCGACGAGCACCAGGUCCAAGGAGCCAAGAGCAAGAUCAUCUACGUCCGCACCAACGCCACCAAACCCUCGGUCCCGCUGGACCCCAUUUCCUCCUCCAACUCGUCCUCCCAGAUCAUCCUCAAGUGGAAGCCUCCCAGCGACCCCAACGGCAACAUCACUCACUACCUGGUCCACUGCCAGCGCCAGCCUGAGGCCAGCGAGCUCUACAAGUUCGACUACUGCCAGAAGGGGAUGAAGUUGCCGUCACGGGUGCCCACUCAGGUGGACAGUGACGAGGAGCAGAAGUGGAACCAGACGGAGGAGCAGGGCCAAGGGACGCGGUGCUGCGCCUGCCCCAAGACCGACAAGGAGCUGAAGAAGGAGAAGGAGGAUUUAGAGUACCGCAAAACCUUCGAGAAUUACCUCCACAACGAAGUCUUUGAGAUCAAACGCUUGAGACAGCGACGCUCCGUGAUGGGUAUCGCCAACCGGACGGUUCCCUUCUCCACCACGGCCCCCAGCCCGUCGGGGGGCACGGGCGUCCCCGACGACGAGGACGAGGAGACCUUCGAAAGCACCAAGACCGUGGUCACCGUCCACGCCAAGGAGUCCACGGUCAUUUCCAACCUGCGCCACUUCACCAGCUACCAGAUCGAGAUCCAGGCCUGCAACCACGCCACCGACACCAACCGCUGCAGCAUGGCGGCGUAUGUCAGUGCCCGCACGAUGCCCGAGGACAAAGCCGAUGAUAUUUUGAGCCCCAUCAAAUGUGACGUGACAGAAAAUACGGUACAUAUCAGCUGGCAGGAGCCUGCAGCCCCCAAUGGUAUGAUCAUCCUGUACGAGGUCAACUACAAGAAGCUGGGUGACUCUGAGGAGCUGCACUACUGCGUGUCAAGGAAGAUGUACAAGCAGUCCCGUGGCUGCAAGCUGAAAGUGAUGCAUCCUGGGAACUACACCGUGAGGAUCCGGGCCACCUCACUGGCCGGGAACGGAUCGUGGACCGAGCCUAAGUACUUCUACGUCCAAGAUGCGAACGACCCUUUCUACAUCGUGAAGAUCAUCAUCGGGCCGGUCAUCUGCUUCGUCCUGCUGGUUUUCGUGGCCCUGGCAGGAUUCGUUAUGUUCAAGAAGAAUCAAACCCAAGGGCCAAGUGGUCCCAUCUACGCUUCUUCAAACCCUGAGUAUCUCAGCGCUAAUGACGUGUACGAGGAGGACGAGUGGGAGGUGCCGAGGGAGAAGAUCAACAUUUUGAGAGAACUGGGUCAGGGCUCCUUCGGCAUGGUCUACGAGGGCAUCGCCAAGGACAUCAUCAAGGGCGAGGGGGAAACGUACGUGGCGGUGAAGACGGUGAACGAGUCGGCCAGCCUGAGGGAGAGGAUCGAGUUCCUGAACGAGGCCUCGGUCAUGAAGGCCUUCAGCUGCCACCAUGUGGUGCGUCUGCUGGGCGUUGUGUCGAAGGGCCAGCCCACCCUGGUGGUAAUGGAGCUGAUGACCCAUGGAGACCUGAAGAGUUACCUGCGCUCGCUGCGACCCGACGCUGAGAAUAACCCCGGCCGUCCCCCACCCACCCUGAAAGAGAUGAUCCAAAUGGCGGCCGAGAUCGCCGACGGCAUGGCUUACUUAAACGCCAAGAAGUUUGUCCACAGGGACCUGGCGGCCAGAAACUGCAUGGUGGCUCACGAUUUUACGGUUAAAAUAGGAGACUUCGGCAUGACCAGAGACAUCUACGAGACGGACUACUACAGGAAGGGAGGGAAGGGCCUGCUGCCCGUAAGGUGGAUGGCACCCGAGUCUCUGAAGGACGGAGUCUUCACGGCGCAUUCAGAUUGCUGGUCGUUCGGGGUCGUGCUGUGGGAGAUCAGCACCCUGGCCGAGCAGCCGUACCAGGGCCUGUCCAACGAGCAGGUCCUCAAGUUUGUCAUGGAAGGAGGCUACCUGGACCGACCAGACAACUGCGCCGACAGGCUACACAACCUGAUGCAGAUGUGCUGGCAGUACAACCCCAAGAUGCGUCCCACCUUCCAGGAGAUCAUCGAGAUGCUCCGGGAGGACCUGCACCCGUCCUUCCAGGAGGUGUCUUUCUUCUACAGCGAGGAGAACAAGCCGCCCGAGACGGAGGACUUUGACCUGGACAUGGAGAACAUGGAGAGCAUCCCACUGGACCCUUCGUCGUACUCCCAGAGGGAGCAGUGUUUGGACAGGGACGAGGCCUCCUCCAUGGGCCUCAGGGGCAGUUACGAGGAGCACCACAUCCCGUUCACACACAUGAACGGGGGAAAGACCAACGGACGAAUACUGGCCCUGCCGCGGUCCAGCCCCUCCUAACAGACUGUGCACGUCCCGCGCGCGCAACAAACACAUCGAUGCUAUAGAUUUAAAUAUAUUUUUGUUUUUUCGUUGUCAUUUUUAUAUAGAUCACACUUUGCUCACCUUCUCUUCAGAAGCCCCUCAGUGCAUAUCUCAGGACCUUAUUUUUCUCUCAGAUGCCACAAACACACACUACAGUGAGUUCACACACGGACGCCAGAAGACACUUUUUGUAUUUAAGGAUGAAUCUCCUGCAUCUCUCUUGUUCAUGAUUGUAGUUUAUAUACUAUAUAUAUAUAUAUAUAUAUAUAUAUAUAUAUAUAUAUAUAUAUAUAUAUAUUGCCAAGUUUGUGCUAGACCGGGCGGAUAAUGGAUUCAACUGUGAAACGAACUCUUGACAAACAAGAAGGCUGCUAAACCCACUGUCCCUCCUUGAGUCCAGACUGUAUCCCCGUCCCCUAACUCAUCCUCGCUAAGUUUUGGGGGGAGGAAAAAAAAAAAAAAAAAAAAAGUGCCCUUCUAUUUUGUCUGUGGCCUACAUGACUUGUCAUGGAGCUGGGUCUGAAUAUUUGUACGUUAUAAAGUGGAUGACGAACGGAAAGACUGAGGUCGCUCUCUGCUGGAUGUCCGUAGAUGACCCAUCCCCGAACAAACUCUAAUCCACUGGAGAAGCUGGUUGAAGUGGCUUACCUCCUCACUCUCUGCAGUAUUCCAAAAAUGGCACACAGGAUAAAAACACACAACACUUGUCGGGUUAUAUUUUUUAAUUUAUUUACUUCGUCUUUCUUCUUUUUCUUUUCCUUUUCUUUUCUUUCCGUUGUUUGAGUUUUCACAUUUACAGUUGAAGGAUAUUUAAACACGUUGGCGAACGAGUUCCCUCAGAUUGACCAAUAGCUGCUUCGUUGGUAUAUUUUAGUGGGUAUAGAAGAUUCGAGAAAAAAAAAAUAUAUAAAUAUAUAUAUAUAUAUAAAUAUUAUAUUGAUGUUUUUUGUACAUAGCUGUUAUGUUGUCAUUCUUGAGGUAUUUCCGGUUAUAGAAAAUGUUUUUACAUGUUAGUCUCUUAUGUUUAUUUUUUCUAAUCCAGAAAAUCAUACUAAUUAGCUUUUUUCUUUUUGGGGACUCGUGAUCAACCAGCAGCACUUGAUCUUUUUACUAUGCGAUGCCCGUGGGGAGGUGAGUGUUUGGCGUCUUCAGCUUAAGAUGUCUGCCCGUCAUAUCAAGAUCAAAUAAAACAGUGCUGUAAAUAAUGCAGCAAGGUGCAUUCAUGAAAAGGCUCUGGCAAAUGCUUUUGUUUUCCGUAUGUGGAGUUUUUCCUGUUAUUUGGUAAAUGCUCAGAUUUUUAGGUUUGUAUAAGGGGAAUUUGUAGGGAGUGUGUUCACCCAGAACCUCAGUUUACAUCUAAUGUAGAGCUUGAGUGAGAAGGUUUUUAUGGAGCCGGUGCAGAUAUUUUCCAAUAAAGGGGAGUUAAUUAGCUUUA